AUGUACAGACCGUUGAUAGUAAGGCGAUAUCUUGCCACGUCUGCUGAAUCUAUCACUAAGCAACAGCAGUUUAAUGUAUUUGAUAGAUCUGCUAAAUUGGUGCAGAGAACAAGAAUUGCCAAAUUAAAUCCAGAAUUAUCACGAAAGAAAGAAUACUUAAGAGAUGAAGUUGCAUUAAAGACUAUUGAAAGAUUGGCAUUCAUCACUAGAGAUUUCACCAAGGUACUUGAUUUCGGAUCUCAUCUGGGUAAUUUAUUAAAGAAUUUGUGCAUAGAUACUGAGAUACCACCUGGUGCAGAUUAUGCGGAAACAGAGAUCACCAAACAACUUAACAAUGAUAAAAAGAUAAUUCAAGAUAAAAUCAAGCAACUUUACUUGUUAGAUUCAUCCAGUGAAUUGCUUUAUAGAGAUAUUAAAGAACCAUUUAAUCAACAAUUUAAAGGUGAAGUGAUUAGAUGUGUUGCUGAUGAAGAAACAUUCGAUCAUGAUUGUUUAAAAGAAUCAGAUCAAUAUGAUGCUGUUAUAUCUAAUUUAUCCUUACAUUGGAUUAAUGAUUUACCACAAACAUUAGCUAAUAUCAACAGAGUACUUAAACCAGAUGGUUUAUUCAUGGGUACAUUAUUUGGAGGAGACACCUUAUAUGAAUUAAGAACUUCAUUACAAUUGGCAGAAUUGGAAAGAAAAGGGGGUAUUUCUCCUCGGGUGUCUCCAUUGGUUCAUCUUAAUGAUAUUGGAUCUUUAUUGAAUAGAGCUGGAUUCAGUAUGUUAACCAUUGAUGCUGAAGAUGUUAUUGUGGGAGGAUUUCCUGAUAUUGUAUCUGUUUGUGAAGAUUUACAAGCUAUGGGAGAGCAAAAUGCGGUAUUAUCUCGAGCUAAUACUUUACCAAGAGAUGUAUUGUUGGCUGCCAAUGAAAUAUAUAAAAGUUUACAUGGUGAGACUGAUGCUGAUGGUAAAGUCACAUUACCUGCCACAUUUAAUAUCAUAUUCAUGAUAGGAUGGAAAAAGAGUGAAACUCAACCUCAACCUUUAGCCAGAGGUUCAGGUCAAGUUAAUUUAAAGGAUGUAUUAUAG